GGGGCCUAGAAGUCCCGGCCAAACCCGCCCCCGCGUAUAAAGCCCCUUCUCGGCUCUCUCUCUCUCCAUCUCUCCUCUCUCUUUCUCUCUCGCAGCCUUCCUCCCUGUAACUGAACAGUGAAAAUUCACAUUGUGGAUCCGCUAACAGGCACAGAUGUCAUGUGAAAACGCACAUGCUCUGCCAUCCACACCGCCUUUCUUUUCUUUCUGUUUCCCCUUUUUUUUCCUUGCUCCUUCUUCCUCUUUGUAACUAACAAAACCACCACCAACUCCUCCUCCUACUGCUGCCCUUCCUCCUCCUCUUCUGUCCAAGUGAUCACAAAAGAAAUCUUCUGAGCCGGAGGCGGUGGCAUUUUUAAAAAGCAAGCACAUUGGAGAGAAAGAAAAAAGAAAAACAAAAGCAAAACAAAACCCAGGCACUAGCCAGCCAGCACAUUUUUUUUUCACCCUUUCUGAAAACAAACAACCAACCAAACAACCAUCAAAACAAGUCACCACCACCAUCGUCAAAACUGUUAACAUAGCAGCGGCGGCGGCGGCGGCAAACGUCACCCUCUGGCCACGGCGUCCGCCUAAAGGGAUGAUUUUCUCAGCGGAGCAGCUCUUCGCCGACCACCUUCUUCACUCGUGCUGAGCGGGAUUUUUGGGCUCUCCGGGGUUCGGGCUGGGAGCAGCUUCAUGACUACACGGAGCGGGAGAGCGGCCACACCAUGCGAGCACAAAUUGAAGUGAUACCAUGCAAAAUUUGUGGCGAUAAGUCCUCCGGGAUCCACUACGGAGUCAUCACGUGUGAAGGCUGCAAGGGGUUCUUUAGGAGGAGCCAGCAGAACAAUGCCUCUUACUCCUGCCCAAGGCAGAGAAACUGUUUAAUUGACAGAACCAACAGAAACCGUUGCCAACACUGCCGACUGCAGAAGUGUCUUGCCCUAGGAAUGUCGAGAGAUGCUGUGAAGUUUGGGAGGAUGUCCAAGAAGCAAAGAGACAGCCUGUAUGCCGAGGUGCAGAAGCACCAGCAGCGGCUGCAGGAGCAGCGGCAGCAGCAGAGCGGGGAGGCGGAAGCCCUUGCCAGGGUGUACAGCAGCAGCAUCAGUAACAGCCUCAGUAACCUGAACAACGAGGCCAGUGGCACUUAUGCCAACGGACACGUCAUUGACCUACCUAAGUCCGAGGGUUAUUACAAUGUGGAUUCUGGCCAGCCGUCUCCUGAUCAGUCAGGACUUGACAUGACUGGAAUCAAACAGAUAAAGCAGGAACCUAUCUAUGACCUCACAUCCGUACCCAACUUGUUUACCUAUAGCUCUUUCAACAAUGGGCAGUUAGCACCAGGGAUCACAAUGACUGAAAUCGAUCGAAUUGCACAGAACAUCAUUAAGUCCCACUUGGAGACGUGUCAAUACACCAUGGAGGAGCUACACCAGCUGGCGUGGCAGACCCACACCUAUGAAGAAAUUAAAGCGUAUCAAAGCAAGUCCAGGGAAGCACUAUGGCAGCAAUGUGCCAUCCAGAUCACUCACGCCAUCCAAUACGUGGUAGAGUUUGCAAAGCGGAUAACAGGCUUCAUGGAGCUCUGUCAAAAUGAUCAGAUUCUACUUCUGAAGUCAGGUUGCUUGGAAGUGGUUUUAGUGAGAAUGUGCCGUGCCUUCAAUCCAUUAAACAACACUGUUCUGUUUGAAGGGAAAUAUGGAGGAAUGCAAAUGUUCAAAGCCCUAGGUUCUGAUGACCUAGUGAAUGAAGCAUUUGACUUUGCAAAGAAUUUGUGUUCCUUGCAGCUGACUGAGGAGGAGAUUGCUUUGUUCUCAUCUGCUGUUCUGAUAUCUCCAGACCGAGCUUGGCUGAUAGAACCAAGGAAGGUCCAGAAGCUUCAGGAAAAGAUUUAUUUUGCACUUCAACAUGUGAUUCAGAAGAAUCAUCUGGAUGAUGAGACCUUGGCAAAGUUAAUAGCCAAGAUACCAACCAUCACAGCGGUUUGCAACUUGCACGGGGAGAAGCUGCAGGUAUUUAAGCAAUCGCAUCCAGACAUAGUGAAUACACUCUUUCCUCCGUUAUACAAGGAGCUCUUUAAUCCUGACUGUGCCACCGUCUGCAAAUGAAGGCGACGACAGAACUGUCUCAUAGUCAUGGAAUGCAUCACCAUUAAGACAAAAGCAAUGUGUUCAUGAAGACUUAAGGAAAAUGUCACUACUGCAACAUUAGGAAUGUCCUGCACUUAAUAGAAUUAUUUUUCACCGCUACAGUUUGAAGAAUGUAAAUAUGCACCUGAGUGGGGCUCUUUUAUUUGUUUGUUUGUUUUGGAAACGACCAUAAAUAUACAAAUAUAGGACACUGGGUGUUAUCUUUUUUUUUUUUUAAUUUUAUUCGGGUAUGUUUUGGGAGACAACUGUUUAUAGAAUUUUAUUGUAGAUAUAUACGAGAACAGAGCGGUACUUUACAUGAUUACUUUUCCUGUUGAUUGUUCAAAUAUAAUUUAAGAAAAUUCCACUUAAUAGGCUUACCUAUUUCUAUGUUUUUAGGUAGUUGAUGCAUGUGUAAAUUUGUAGCUGUCUUGGAAAGUACUGUGCAUGUAUAUAAUAAGUAUAUAAUAUCUGAGAAUAUUAUAUAUGACAAUUACUUAUACAUGCACAGGCACUGUGGCUUAAAAUAUCAUACCUACUAGCAAAGGAGGUUCAGUCAGGCUCUCUUGAUUAUAUGUUAUAUGUUACUUUUACAUUAGACAAUCGGGAUUUUGUUUUCCCAGCCAGAGUUUUCAUCUGUAGUCAAUGGCGGGAUGGUACCAAUUCAGAAAUAAGUCUACAAAGGAAUAAUUAUAAUGCAUGGCCUCUGUAUAAAAACUCUUUUUUUUUUUUAAUCAAUGACAUCAAAGCCUUGUCAAGAUGGUACAGACUGGAGAAAAAAUAUAAAUAUUUAGAGCCAUUUUCCUGUUUUAAGAAUUAGGCCACAGAUAAUAAUAUUGUGGAGUCCAGAACUUUUUUGACCAAACAAUAGAUAUUUCCUGUUUUUCACCGGGACACAUCAAACACUUUUGCUUUGGAUUUCAGGUUGUGAAAGAAACUUGCUUUUGGUGCUUAUUGUGUCUUCAACAGGGAAACACAGUCUGUAGAUUACAACCACCAGCAAUUUUUUUUAAUAAAAUUAGAGUAAAAGAGUAAAUCAGAACCCAGUGUCUUAAUGCCAUUUCAUGUAAACAUUUCCCCUCUAACCAUAUUUUUUUGGGCAAAGAAGAGGUAAGGUAGAAGGAAUAAACAAAGUAAAGUAGUAGUUCUUUAUAUUCAUUCUCUAAUAAGUUUGUUAGAAAAAGCAGCAAUAAAGGAGGAGGCUGGACUUUAUAUGUCCUUCUAGUCUGGAGCCUCUAAUUUUUUUAAACUCCAAAAUGCUAUAUUAUAAAAAUAUAGCAAAAACUUGACAGAUUAGAAAAAAUGAUCUGAGUUAUUCUAUAGAACUAAUAUACCCCAAAGCCAAAACUAUUUCCUAUGCAGUUUGAAAUCGCAUUAUCCAUCUAAGCCUAAGAUUAUUUUUUAGCAACUUUUAAAAGUACAGAAUGCAAGAGGUGAAAUCAGGAUUAGAGAAUUUAGACUUUCUAGUACAAGUUGCCACUUCUCCACCUGCUCUUCAAUCAAAGUGAUCACCAGAAAAGCAUAAAUCCCAAGGAACUUGUUCUGCCUGUGCUCUGGAAACCUUACACCUUUGGUCUUAUCUGAUCCAAAAUAACAUUUUAUAAAAAGAAGGCAGAGGAGAGCUUUGUAUAUGACAAUGAAAAUUAUGGUCUCCUGUAAGUGUAGCCCAGCCACCAACUCAUGAGGUCCUGUCCUUUUCUCUUUGUCAAACACACACACACACACACACACACACACACACACACACACACACGCACAUCUGCUUGUAAAGUUUCCAUCAGCGGAAGCUUUGAUCUUUCUGUAAUCUCUUAUGCUCUCCUGAAGUUACAUAGUUGAGAGCCAUCUAUCUCCACAAUGCCACAGAACUCCUCAUUGAUGAUAAAACAGUUGUGUUAGUCUUUUCUUUUAGAAAACAGAGCAUUAUCCCAUCUCAUGAUUGAUUCAUUCCAAACCAAUAGGGAAAACCAAAAAGGCUUUAAAAUAAUGAAUCUCUUUCUCAACUACUGUUAUAUUCAAUUAAUUUAACUACAUUGAACCAAAUUACCUUCAGUGUCUAAGAAGACAGCUGUAGACUGCUUAUUAUGCUGCUACAGGGACUCAAUUCUUUUUGGUGUAAAUGUCACUCCUGCUAGCUCUUUGUAUAAAGAAUUAAUUCCAAGAGUCAUAUUUCCUUCUAAUGGAAAGAUUACUUUACUGAUUGCUAGGAAAACAGGGUAAUGGAAGGCACUCAAUUAAACUUAGCCGUUUCCAAAUGCAAUGUAUGUUUUAUGAUUGGCUUGUGAUAGGCGAUGUUUAAUGUGUCUACUUGGUGUUUCCCUUUGAGCUUUGAACUUAUGUCAAACUUUGUUUUCAUUGUUCUGUUGGCCUAGUGUUUUUCAUCGUCAGCCUGUAAUUCCUGCUCAGUUGCAAAGGGAAUCAUUUGUUUCCUCCAAUUUACCUUAGAGGAUUUAAAUUGGCUCAAUUGAUGAAGUGGCUGAGAAUUUUUUCCUCCCUUGUCCCAUGGGUGAUGUAGGAAAAAAGAUUGUUCCCCGCAUUUGCCUCAGGAGGUACUGGAUUUGAAUUUGUGUCAUUUCCACUAGUGCAAGCAACUUAAUUGGGAUGGCAUGAACCUUUUAAAGCAAGGGAACAGGAAACAACUAGCGACUGAACCAAAACAAAACAGGGAAACCAGUACAUGUUCAGCUCACUUCAGUUGAGAAAAGAGAUUUCCAUUUUUCACCACAGUUGCCAAAUCUGUCCCUUCAAAAGAGAGCCAAGUCAUAUUUUCAAUGGUAAUGAAGCACCUUUAAAAGCUGCCCUUUGAACAUCUGUGACUGCAUCUCAAGGUAUUUUGAAAUUUUGGUACUAACGACUUUCUUUGCCACAUGCAAUCUUUGUCCCUUCCACAUGAACACUCAUAAAUGUUCAUAACACAUUCAUGAUAAAGUGUGCACUGGAAGAAAGAACCCAUGAUCUGUACAUUUCAUGCUUCGUAAAUGACAAUCACUGCUUGACGCAGAUGUUGCACUGUACCCACUCAGGGAUGUUUUACUGAAGAAAAAAAAAAGGUACAUCAAGAAGGAGAAAAAAACAAAAAAACAGGAAAAUGACAACAAAAUGUAAAUGGCAUAAAUUAAAUAGCCAAUGAGAGUACCUCUCUGACAAGGCUUUCAGACCAAUGCGCAGUAACUUCAUGUUGUAAACUGAAUUUACUUUUACUUUUUAGGCUUGCUGACAAGUUGUUCACAAGUAAGGACAACUAAGUCUCAUUUUCUAAAAUCUGCUAAGAGCCAAAUAAUCCAGCUGCUCCAUUUAUAGGAAUAUGUAUCUCCCUGUGAACCCAAACUUCCUUCACAAGCCCCGAGCAAGGGAAAUACAGAAAUGUCAGUGGCAUUAGAUGAACCUGACAAGGGAGGUGAAACUGUACCUGUGCUCUGUAAAAGGAAAGGCAAAUUUUAGAGGGAAUAUAGCAGAAAAAGGGAUUCCAAAUCCAACUUAACAUCUCACAUAGACCCCUACUGUCCAUGAUUCGGGUCAUCUUUGUGUCCCUUUUUCUGCAACGCUUUUAUCCCCAAAAGCUCCAAGCGAGGGUGGAGAUGUACUCUACAAAUAUACCCUUUCUGGAUUUCCCUGUUUUAAUACUAUCUUCAGGGCUCCGGACUAAAAGAUCACUGGUUGGUGAAAACAGAGAAUAUAAUGGUCUCUUAGGUAAUUAGACUUCUUUGACUGAAUCUAAAAAACCUGAAAUCAUAGUGAACUCUGAAUAUUAACAAGAGGUGCCAAGGAGGCAUCAGUACAUUUUCUAUCAUAGUUGCCUUGUUCAGCACAUAACUUCACAGCAGUCAAGCUAAACUGUUUGUAGAAAAUCAUGCACAUGGAUAGUCAAUACACGCUCACUCUACACUCCUAUGUGUACCAGGCUUGAAUGCAAAAACAAUCCUUGUGUCCCAAGGACAACCUAAAAUUCAACCAGUUUUUUUGUUUUGUUUUUUUGUUUUUCAAAAACGUCAGAGGCAAAUGAUGUCAGUUUUGUUCCAUGUUCUUUGUUUUCAUUUAUUAUAGAAGCAAGAAAAGUUCUAUGGCUAUUGGAACUUGGAAGAAAUAAUUUUUUUCCUGAAUCUUUUUUCUCUAUAAACUUUUGUUUCCAAGGAAGUUAGUACAAUUGACAGUAAAUUCAGGCAAGGAUGUCUGUGCCCUGACAGAGCCACCAUUCAAUAGAACAGCAAUAACUUUAAAGUGUGCAUCUUUAGUGAAACUUUGCACAAAGUCCCCUGUAUAAAGAAGAAGAAAAAGCCCACCAUCUGCUUUAGAUGAAGUGGUAUUUGAUUUUCUAUCUCUAACUGCUAGUGAAAGCUGCAACCAAAUAUGGGGAUCUUUAGAUAGGAGUUCACAAACAUUUUAGGAUGGAGGACAGACCAGGGGCUCUCAGGACCAGAGGUACAUGUUCAUUUAAAGCAAGGGUUAAAAUUCAAAAAGCUGAGAACAGGGCCAGGGAGUUAAUGCAAAUGAGUGAAGCAGUCCAAGUGGAGAGCUGGCAAGGAAAUGCCCCAUCUGAAAAGGGCCAUCCAAUAGUCGGCUAAAGCUGAAGGGUGGCUAAAGCUUCUGAAUCUCAUAAAAUCUCUUGAGUUGUAAAUGAUGUCAGUUGGUUCAGAGCUUAGUGCAACCCAAACAAAUACAUCUCUGAACAGCAGACGGCUCAUAAUUUGCAACCUCCGGUUUAAGCAAAGUCGAAUUAGGGGCCUGUUUGGCUGGAGAUACAAGCCUGCAUGAUAUUAGAG